UUGUGAUUGGCGGAGUCGAGGCUUCUUAAUACAAUCGUAAUCGGGAUCCUGUUGGUCUUAAAUCGUUCCGCACCCGCCCUGGAAACACCUGCUGCUGCUCCGAAACAGGACUGGCCAGAUUGCUUCGGGCUAGUAGUAGUCCCUCCGAAGUUACUUGCUUCCCAAGACUUCGCAUCCUUCGAGUAACUCGGAACGCUCUUGAUCCCGGUAGAGAUUCUUGGGACGUUUCACCCAUCGAAGAAGAAACAUGGACAACGGGGGAGGGAGCGAACCGCGGCUCUUGCCACGAUUGUGCUGCCCAGAAAAGGGACCGAACGGUUACGGCUUCCAUCUGCACGGGGAGAAGAGCAAAACAGGCCAGUUCAUCCGGUUGGUGGAGCCCGAUUCCCCGGCCGAGAAAUCCGGUCUGAAGGCUGGAGACCGCUUGGUAGAAGUGAACGGAGACAACGUGGAGAAGGAAAGCCACCAGCAAGUAGUGAACCGCAUACGAAAUUCGCCCGGCUCGGUCCGCUUGCUGGUCGUGGACUCGGAGACCGACCAGCAUCUGCAGAAGCUGGGCCUCCAAUGCCGCGAAGAAUUCAUCCGUGGGCUGCCUGAGACGCCCGAGGCGAGCAGCGGCGAACAGGAGGAGGAGGAGGCUGUCCAGCAGGACCUGGAGGACGAAACGAAAGCGGAUGGGGAGGAAAACCAUCACGCUGCCCAGCGGAAAGAGUUGAGACCUCGUGUGUGCCAGAUGAAGAAGGGCCCCAAUGGAUACGGGUUCAACCUCCACAGUGAUAAGACAAAACCAGGCCAAUACGUUCGGGCUGUGGAUCCAGAUUCUCCUGCGGAAGCUUCAGGGCUGCGGCCUCAAGACCGUAUCAUUGAGGUGAAUGGGCAAUGUAUGGAAGGCAAGCAACACUCAGAUGUUGUUUCAGCCAUAAAGUCUGGUGGAGAUGAGACCAAGCUGCUGGUAGUGGAUAAUUUAACAGAUGAAUUCUUCAAGAAGUGCAAAGUCAUCCCCUCUGAAGCACAUCUGAAAGGUCUUUUACCAGAACCAGUUGCCAAUGGUGAUGUGGAGAAGGGGAACCUUAGAGAUGAACAAACGGAGAUUAAUCCUGAAAGCCCUUCUAGCCCUAUGACCCUGUCUCCUUCUUCAACUCUAAGUGAACCUUCCAUUGAGCUGUACUCUCAUGAGAAGGAGGACAAACUUAGCACCACAUCCGAUCCCAUUCUUGACUUGGACAUCCCACUGGCAGUAGCCAAAGAGCGCGCCCAUCAGAAACGCACCAGCAAACGGGCACCACAAAUGGACUGGAGCAAGAAAAACGAACUCUUUAGCAAUCUGUGAAGCACCCCAAACCCUCGAGCAGGGAGGUGAUGUAAGGGCAAUAUUGGAAAAGCUGGCCAGAUCAUGCCUCCCCUUCCCCUACGCAUUCCUGUUCCCUAGGUACAUUUCCUUGCCCUUCUUCUCUUCCCCUCCCUUUGCUUGGAAAUGUAGAUGCAAGAUCUCGUCUUGCCCUGGGUCACCUGAAAGGGCAAACACAUGGCCUGAUAAUUCUGCCUGCACUGUUUUGGAGAAGCAAUUGUAUUUAAAGAGGAGGAUGAGACAUUUUCAUAUACCCUCUAUAAAUAGCUUAAGCUAGCUUGUUGGCUUCAAGAUGUGAAUCCAAAAUGAAUUUGGUGUCUCAGUUGGAUCUGUAGUAGGAGACACGUACACAUAUCUAUAUAUAAAGAGAAUGUAUGCACAGGACAAGGAUGUAAUACGUCAGAUGCCACACUGAAAAGGGGGACUGUGAUGCGUAGCUGUAUUGUAGGUCCAUUAACUUUUAAAAUAGCUGGUUAAACAUCUAAAACCAUUAAUCCCUAUAGAUCUCAACUGGCUCUCUUCAGAGAGAAAUCAUGUUGGAUGCUGAUUGAACUAUUCCAGACUAUGUCCUGUUAGGACCAUAGUUUAAGCUUACUUUAAUUCCUAAUUUGAUUACAAAUGAACGUCCUUUUGUGGGGCAGUUCCUCUGUCCUCUUUUCAAGGAACUGCUUUGCUACGAGUGGAGAGAAGCAUUUCUGAUGCUCCACCAUCUUCUCUCUUUUUGGGUAAAGACAUUCCUGGAUUGCCACUGCAAGAAAGGGCUUAGUAGGCAAGACCCAAUACUUCUUGCUUAAUGCUUUGGAGGUUUCAAAGUAUGGGAAGUAGAAUAAUUGAAAGCUGUUGUAGCAGCCAGCCUGUGAGGUUCACUUUCUUUUGGCCAGGGGGAUAUGGUAAGGAGUCGUACCUAAUGCAGCAAUCAAAAGCACACAAGGAUAAUAUCCUAUGCUCAAUUUACUCCAGAAAUGGAGCCAAUCAGGGUUUUCAAUAAUC